GUCUCUUCCAGCGGCUUCUCCUCCAGCGAUGAUCUCCUCCUGUGGCAUUCUCCUACGCCAGCAAUCUCGUCAAUCAAGCUAUUGAGCUGUGAGUUUCUCUUCCGGCAGACUCACAAGGCUUUGUCCUGUCUGAUCCAAAGAAUAGGAUGUUCCUUUGUAGUUUCCUCAUUGUGAUAUCAUUGGUUUGUGGUGCUUAUUUAGUUGGCAAUGCAUUCACCACCAAGGAGUAUAAACAAGCGAAGGACACCUUCAAAGUUCCCUUCAAAUCUGAAGGGAAGGGAAACUUCAGAACAGUGAGCUUCAAGUUCAAAGCAGUUGCACCAAGAACAAGACUCACAUUCUACAACUCCUUUUACCAUACCAGAAUUUAUGAUUAUGGAUCUCUCUGUGGCCCUGUUCUUGACCAGGUUAUAGUGUUCCCUGUCACCUAAGUUAUUAAACCAUUAAUGUAGUACUUAGUAACUAUGAUUUUUGCAAGUUACUUGAGCCUGUCUUUUGUAUAAUUACACGAGACUAUACCACUCAUUUACUCUAGUUUGCUGAGCACAAGACACCAAUUUUAAUUUCUGUUCAUUACAAAAUUUGGCUCAAGAGUUUGAAAAUAAAAUUUUUAAUCAUGGGAGUUGAAUGUUCAUGAAAUAAUUAAGUAGUAUAUUUUAGUUUUUGAUUGUUACCAUGUGUUAUUGGAAAUCAUGAGUUUCAAUAAGCAUGCAUUUGUUUCAUGCCAACAUUCUGAUCAAUGCAACUUUUUCCCCUUCUUUUUUCUUUAUUUGUUUGUUCCAGGUUUUGGGGUUGUAGCUUCUUGUAGUACAGGAAAAAAGAGGUAGAUUCUAUGUAAUUGGCUACUAGAAGUUACCUUCUAGAGUUGUCGAUGCGGGAAGUGCAGAAUUCAUUCUUUGGGAAAUCAGAUUUGUCAUUUCUUUGCAUCUUGCGCCCUCUUUCUGUUGAGAUCAAAAAGCAAGAAUUGGAAAUUGAAGCAGCUCAGAAAGAAGAAUUAGGUUUUGACCACCAGGAGGUAGCCAUGCCAUCUGUGCCUCCACCAGAUAAGCUUUUGUCAAUGGAGGAGCUACGGGAGAGACGCCUUAUUGACCCUCGUCUUCCAAAAACUUAUCGGAACAAAAUUGCUACAACUAAAUUCACCCCUUGGCCAAUAGAGAUACGGUUCUGUGAACCUACUACUUCAACAAAUCAGACCAAAUCUCCUCCCAGUUUGAAUUUUUGGUUUAGAGCAAGGGAAAAACUUUCAGAUGAUCAGCCUUGCAUAGUAUGCCAAACCAUAUUCAAUUCUGGAAGUGAAGACUACUCACAACAAAAAGAAGAAAAGCACGUGGAUUUAAUUAAAAGUUUGAAAUCUAGCAUGGACAACUUGAAUAAGGAGUUGGAAAAGAUGAAAAAAGAGAAUUCAACUCCUUCAUGAAGCUAAUCAAGAAUGGGGAAAUAUAUUCCGUGUUCAAGGAAAUAUCUGUCACUGGCAAUGCAUUAGAAAGGGUUCUUGCUUUGGAGAUUGAGCUUGCUGAAGCAUUGCAGGCCAAGAAGAAAUCAAGCAUGCAAUUUCAGAGGUUCUGGAUUUCAGCCUUCAUCCUCAAGAACAUAAGUCUGUGUCUUAUAACACGAUAUACCACUCAAUUAGGCAAGUUUCUUCAAUCUUUUAUUCCCUCUGAUUCUUUUUAGCUGUCACUGUUGCUUUUUGGUACAUCAUUGAUCAAUUGACAUUGGUCCAAGUAAUAUAAAUAACAUAUAAAUGGAAAUGGAGAGAAUAUUAUUGACUGUUGAUAACUCAAUGUAACUCAUCCAGUAGGUUAAAAAUGACACCAAGUAGUGUUUUAAUUAAGCUCUCAGAUCUAAAAUUCCAUCCGAAGACGUGAAGUUCCAUCGAGUUUGCUGUCGCAGAAGGAGGAAACUUUUGGCCUCCAAAUCUUAUUCAUCAUCACUUAGCUAAGCUACUUGUCUUGUAUAUUCAUAUUCUAAGUAGUAAAAACAGCACUUAUUAGAUGGUUUAAAUACAUUAUUAGUCUUGACUGAUUAGUGCUUAUUGCAAUGCUUGUAUUUUGGUAAGUUUAGUAAGACAAGGUUUUGUAUAGGAGUUAUUACUUUUGAUUUUCAAUAAUAAAAAAUUAUAUAUUAUAUUAA